AUGCCGGUGAAGAGCAAGCAUAUCCCACAGUUCGUUUACAAAUAUGGCCGGUCGUUAUCUGCCGGCGAACUCAAACGGUUCGAACAGCGACUUGCAUACCCUCUACUUCGGGACAACUACCAAGAGUUCCUCAAGAAGUACAACACGUUAUAUCUUUUCCGAUGGUCACACGAUGAUUGGACCUUGGAUAGACGCUACUUCUGGCACAGGUUUCUCAAAAAGAUCGGGGAAACAGAUGUCGAUCACCACUCGUCAAACCGUGUUCAUAUCAAGGCUAUCCAGGAGGCAACCGGUAUACCGUUGGGAGUUGAUCAGAAUGAUAAUCUGCGGUAUCUGUUCAAGCACAAUAAGGAUAUAAGAGACGUGAACAGCUCUGUGGAAAAAGUGCUAGCAACGGCGCCGAAGAACCAUUUGGAAUUGCUGAGUGUGGGAACCAAACUCUCCGAUUUAAAUGGAACUGCAUCAUCGACCGCUUUACUGGGUGCAAACUAUAUAAAGCCUCUUGUCGAGGAGUCACUUUCAAUGUACCAGGACUUGGAUUACGACAAGCUGUUGCAGCUAGCCCGGAAUACAAAGAACGAAUCACCGACGGGACCCAAACAAGUUGCCAAGCAGCUCCUCCGCAACGUAACGAGUGGCCAAUUGACCCGCCCAGCGAUGAGCAAAAGCCGGGACUGGUUGUUCUUCACAAACCCUUCGCCGUAUACAGUGGCUAAAUAUGUGGAUACAUAG